AUGCUUCUGCUCCUCGCUCACAUUCUUCUCAUCCCGCUCUCCUCGACCCACUCCGCGCAUCUGCUCGACCGAUCCACCGCGAUGUCUAGCUCCGGCGUCAAUGCCAUACCCGCAGCUAACCACGAGGAGCAGAGCCUGGCGGCACCCGCCCCGCCCCGUGCGGCCGAGGUCGCCCUAGGGAAAGGGAAGGUGCUUGCGCAACAGGCGCCUGCGCCGGUGGUUCGCAAGGGCAAGUCCGGGAGAGACCGGCAAAAAAGCCCGCCUCCAGCGGCCACCAGAGAGGAGAUAGAAUCCCAGGAGUCCCGGGAAGGCCCCUUGAAGGUGCUUGUGCUCCCGGCGCCAGGGGCCCCACGUACUCAUGCUGUCUCCGGCGACAAGAUGAUGAGACGCGCUCGCGCCCCCACCCUGCAUGCAAACGCUAUCUCCAACGACAAGAUGGUGAGCCGCGCUCGCGCCCCCACCCUGCAUGCAAACCCUGUCUCCGAUGGCAAGAUGAUGGAUGGGAACGAGAUGGCGCCAGUUCAGGGGGUGCCGCCCAUGCGGGGGAGCAUCGUGGCUUCAAGCUCGGUUGGCCGGGUUGAGAGUGAAAGAGCGGGGAGCUUGGCACCAGGGAAAAUGGCACCUGGAGGGGUUCAGUCUCCAUGAUGAACAACCACAACAUCGAUUUGAAUGAGCUGCUGACCGAGCAUGAGAAGCUCAAGCAGGAGCAGCCGCCCGAGGAGUAGGAGUAGCCGCCUGUGGCACAACCUGAGCUUUAAUAUUCACAAUGGUUGGAGGCUGCUCAAAUCUGAAUCUGUGAGCAAAAUUAAUUCUUUCCCAAAAGCGGAGCCCUGUCAGAAAUUAUCAAAAAUAUCCCUAUCCCGAGGAUAAUGGGAAGCCUUGUGUGGAACUUUUGAAUUUCUCGCUUCCUA